UAGAGCAUGGACAAAGGAUUGGAGUAGGACGAUUUUCUUGCUUGUGCUGUACAUCAAAUGUUCAAGGUGUCAUUUGUAUUGUUGAAGAUCUCACUAUGAUGCCCGCAAUAGCGAAAAUGAUUGCCAUCUAUCAUCCUCUACUAAUCUUGCCUUGCGAGUUGUGAUGGUUGACGAAUUUGUUGGGGUCUUUCAGCAAGUGUGCCACUACACCGACUACGAAUGGUUACAGCUGUGCCAUCUACAAAUCAGCCUAUCAUUCUCAAGAUUUAAGGCCGGCCUCCAUGAGAAAUGCAUUGAAUGGGCUCCCCAAGCAUUCUUUACCGGUGAUAUUGCGAACAACUUGGAGCCUAAGUUGGUCCGUGCUUCUAAGAUCAAAUGUAGUGUUUGUGGAUUGAAAGGCGCAGCACUUGGCUGCCUUGUGAAGAGCUGCCGCAAGAGCUAUCAUGUCCCAUGUGCCCACAAGAUCCCAGGCUGCCGAUGGGAUGAAGAAAACUUUGUUAUGUUGUGUCCUUCUCAUUCAUUGAAAAAGUUGCCUUGUGAGAGAUUGAAAUCGAAAAAGAAGACCAAGCUGCAGCAACCGUCUUCUGAUAUGAUGCAUGAUAAUCUAAAUUCACCUUCUCCAAUGCAAAGGGAUGAAAUAUGGAUCAGCCCUCAAUGGUCAUGAAAAGGAAAUCUUGGAUCAGUUUGAGCAUCAAACUGGCACCACAGUAACUAACAACUGGAGGUCAGAUGUGAUUUUUAUGUUUUUGUGGUUAUUGCAAGUUAGACAAGAUUUUUGGAUGUUGUCACCUUUUGGUGUGGUACUUGUAAUCCUGAUAAUUUGAGCUUAAUAAAUUACUACUUACUA